CCCCUGGGCCGGGCGGUGCGCGGCGAGCAGCGGGAACACCAUGGAGGCCGCUCCGCAGCCCCGGCCCGGCGGGGCCGCCGCCGCCCCGCCGCCACCCCCGGAGCAGGAACGGAAGCUGGAGCAGGAGAAGCUGUCGGGGGUGGUGAAAAGCGUCCACCGGCGGCUGCGCAAGAAAUACCGGGAAGUGGGAGACUUUGAUAAGAUCUGGCGUGAGCACUGUGAGGAUGAGGAAACCCUGUGUGAAUAUGCUGUGGCAAUGAAAAACCUUGCAGAUAAUCACUGGGCAAAAACUUGUGAAGGGGAAGGCCGAAUUGAAUGGUGUUGCAGUGUAUGCCGAGAGUAUUUUCAGAAUGGUGGAAAAAGAAAAGCACUUGAGAAAGAUGAAAAAAAAGCACUUCUUGCUUCUAAGACCACUCCAGCUUUAAGUGUUCCUCAGACUCCCAAGAUUGAAGAUCCUUUGCCAAACUUUGGCUUGACAAAUCAUGAAGCUAUGACAGAAGAGUUCCUUCACUCCUUGGGAAAGAUCAGAUUACUUGAUGUUGGUAGCUGCUUUAAUCCAUUUCUGAAGUUUGAAGAAUUUCUAACAGUUGGCAUAGACAUUGUUCCAGCUGUUGAGAGCGUAUACAAAUGUGACUUCCUAAAUCUUCAAAUUCAGCAACCUCUUCAACUGGCACAAGAUGCUAUAGAUGCCUUUCUUAAGCAACUGAAAAAUCCCAUUGAUUGUCUACCUGGAGAACUGUUCCAUGUUGUUGUUUUCUCGCUCCUCCUUUCUUACUUUCCAUCACCCUAUCAGCGAUGGAUAUGCUGCAAGAAGGCACAUGAACUCCUCGUAUUAAAUGGCUUACUGCUUGUAAUAACUCCUGAUUCAUCUCAUCAGAAUCGCCGGGCUAUGAUGAUGAAAAGCUGGAAAAUUGCCAUAGAGUCCUUGGGUUUUAAACGCUUCAAGUAUUCCAAAUUUUCUCACAUGCACCUGAUGGCAUUUAGGAAAACUUCCCUGCAAACAACAAGUGACUUAGUUAGCAGGAACUACCCAGGAAUGCUGUAUAUCCCACAGGAUUUCAACAGUAUAGAGGAUGAGGAGUAUUCCAACACUGCCUGCUAUGUUCGGUCAGACACAGAAGAUGAACAGCUAGCUUACGGUUUUAUGGAGCUGCCUGAUGCUCCCUAUGAUUCAGACUCUGGAGAAAGCCAGUCUAGUUCCAUUCCUUUCUAUGAGCUAGAAGAUCCUAUAUUGCUUCUAAGUUAAUGUAGUCGUUGAAAUGCCCUUUCAGUCAAACCUCUUGCUUAACUAAUUUUGCUAUACUAACAUGGGUUCAACACAGAAAAAUGGUUUGCAUAAAGAAAAUGCAAAGGUUUACAGAGUUUGCUAUUUUUUUCUACUUUUGAAUUUUAAAAUUUAUUCUUGUAUGAAAGUGAAAAAAUACAAGUUUUAUGCAAAUGACUCAUGUCAUAGCAUAAAUUGCUGUUACUUUCUUUAGAUUUGUAUCGCUAUUUUUUUCCCAGAAAGGUACCAUUCUUUUCUUUAGUGCUGUGAAGUGUGAGUUCUAUUUAAUUUGUUAAAUGUUGUUUCAGUAUUUUAAGUCAAUGUGGUUGAGCUUAAGGCACUGGAGUUGGUGGGCUUCUGAGAAGUAAAUGUAGGAAGAAAUAAUUUGCACUUUAAUUAAACGUGCAGAUAGGUUAAGACACUUAGUUACAAACGUCCCUUCUUAAUUAUGGAACAAAACUUUUUUCUUCCAAAAUUUGUUUCACUCUGGUUAAGCCUGGGCUGGAGAAACGGUAAUGCUUGCACAUUUGAUUUUAUGUUUAUUGCAGCCCUCUUGACAUAACACCAAAACACUGGAAUAUAUUCAUCCACAGUUACACAUACUGUGUAGUUUCAUUGCAUAAAUAGCAAUUUCUGAUGAGGCUUUUCCCCCAGAGGAGUAUGGUACGUCUAGACAAUUAUGUUUCACUUCAAAGCUGGAAUAUGUUUUGCAGUUUUAUGAGUAUACAAGCACUAAUAUAUAUCAGUAUUUCCCCAACUACAGUGUUCUGUAUUCUCUUCCAGCUGUGUUUUUUGGGGGACAGGAUGAGUUUUGUCAUGUUUUAUAGUAAAUUAUUUAUGCAUUUUUAAAAGAAACAACUUUUUUUUGAAUUGUCCUUAUUUGUAGACCUUCUAAGUUAGCCAGUGACUACAAACUGAUUUUUUAAGAAGGAACAUAACUGUACAGGUUUUUCAAGGAUACACAUAUUUGCAUAAAGCCAUGUAAUUCAGACCACACAAGUGAAGUUAACACAUGCUUUUUGUUUGCUUAUUAGGACCCAAAAAUCUCUUGUUCAGUUAAAUAAAAACUGACUGAAAAUGGGUCUGCACUGUAAGGAGAUGAAACAUCUGUUUUUACAUCUAUUAAAUUUUUAAUUUGUGUAAUGAAUCUGUGAGUUUUUGCAGGAAAAAUCAAUUCUGUUCAGUGGUUAAAAAAAGAGGAUUCAUUAUUGGUUUAGCUUAGAUUUUCCUCCAUUUAAAAAUAAUGGCCAGAACUUUCUGAUUUGGAUAUUAGGCUCUUAAAUCUAUAUGUAAGUGCCUAGUAGUAAAUGAUUUGAACUAGGUGCCAGAUCAUGAUGUAUUUCUGACUGCUGAAAAUUGGUAAAACAAUACUAAUACAUUGUCACAGGUGAUUGUGAUGAUGUAUAUUACACCAUAAUAAACUGCCACGUUGUAUUUAUAUGAAAGUUGCUAGAUAAAUUGAAGUGUAGUGUGGAUUUUACAGUGGUUGCUACAAAAAUGCAACUUAGUCCUUCCAUUGAAGUUUUGCACUGAAUGUGUCACAGUUUGACCUACCUGUUUUUCUUUUAUAGUAUUUCUUACAUAGAGUAAUCACAUUGGUCCAGCUUAUGCUCAAAUGUGAUCUGGACUGUGGUGCUGUAUUCUUUAACAUAAGCUUUUUGUAUCUCUUUUUGAAUUUAAAGCAUUCCCAAAUACCUAAUUCAAAUUUGUUAUUCAGUCUGAAUGAUAGAGUUAUACAAACCAAACAAUUAUAUUCUGAUGUGUACAAAAGAAAAGAAUUAAGGUUAGACAUACAAGAGUCAUGGUUCACUUGGUAAUUUUUGUUACAGAGAAUACUUCUCUAAUGAAAUACACAAUGGCUUCAAAAUUGGCUUUAAGACACUAUUUUCAUUAAAAUGUUUGUCACUGAAAGCCUUUCUCCCCAAUUAACCACUGGUUCCAGCAGUGCUCAUGUUAAAAUACUGCUGCUGUAAAUUCAGCUGUUUAUGGGAGGUUAAUAUGUGCAUUCUUCAAAGUAUACCUAAUAACUGAUUAACUGAUACUCGAUUUAAAAAGUAGUACAGCAUCAGGCAUAUGUGUUUGCAUUGAUUACUGUAAAUUGGUUUGCAAUUCAUACACAAAGAAGUGCAAUUCAGAUGAAGAUUUAUCCCCCAAAAUAGCUUACAUAUUAAGAUUCCAAGUUUAAUUCUUUUUGGGAGGUUGGUGACAACACUGUGGUUUAGGGACCUGAGAUUCAUAACAGCUUGGUUUUCUUGCUGAUCAUUCUAAACGCCCAAAGUGGGUUUAUUGGUUAUUUGGUUUUGUGGGUUUGUUUUUGGUUUUUUUUUUUCUUUUUUUUGGUUUGGUUUGUAUUGGUUUUUUUCACAAGGAACAGGAGAUUGUGGUGGAGGAGGAAAGUGAUUUACAUAAAUACUUACAUCUCCCUUAAUAAUAAAGUGGUGAUAUCAGGAGUUGUAUAUUUGACUUUGGUGCAAGAAUAUUAUUUCUAGGUUAUGAAAUAUUCAAAAAUUAUGACUGUGCAAGACAUCUUUCACUCUUAAGGUGCUGGAGAAGAAAAGGAAGAAAACAUGUAUUGGCAUCUCUGUUGUCUUUUAUGUCACUACUUUUGUGAACAAAGCACAUUUAUUAAAAAAAUUCUGAAAAACCAAAAACAUUCUAAAAAAUUCUUUGGGGUCGAGCUACUGUCUUUUUUCUUUCUGUGCCAUCUGUUAAUGUUGAAAUCCAGUGAAAUCAAUGCAAAGCUAUUUUCUUUAUUUUCAAG